CUCUUCAUUUUUCUCCCAUCACCAAUUUCUUUUUCUGAAAGAGGUGUGUCGAGUGUGAGUUGAACCUCAGGUCUUCUUCCACACUACCUCUACCCUCCUCUUCCUACCCUCUUUCUUCACUUCUUGGAUAUCCUCAAGAAAUAUCACCACACCCAACAAACAUGACGGUCACUACCCGCAGCCACAAGGCCGCGGCCGCCACCGAGCCCGAGGUUGUCAGCACCGGCGUUGACGCCGUCUCUGCUGCUGCUCCUCCCUCCUCCUCUUCUUCUAGCCAAAAGUCGGCCGAGCCCAUCGAAUACCCCGACAUCAAGACCAUCCGCGACGCCAUCCCCGACCACUGCUUCCGCCCGCGCGUCUGGAUCUCCAUGGCCUACUUCAUCCGCGACUUCGCCAUGGCCUUUGGCCUCGGCUACCUCGCCUGGCAGUACAUCCCCCUGAUCGCCUCCACCCCGCUCCGCUACGGCGCCUGGGCUCUGUACGGCUACCUCCAGGGUCUCGUCUGCACGGGCAUUUGGAUUCUGGCGCAUGAGUGCGGCCACGGCGCCUUCUCGAGGCACACGUGGUUCAACAACGUGAUGGGGUGGAUUGGUCACUCCUUCCUCUUGGUCCCUUACUUCAGCUGGAAGUUCAGCCACCAUCGCCACCAUCGCUUCACCGGCCACAUGGAGAAGGACAUGGCGUUUGUGCCUGCCACCGAGGCUGACCGCAACCAGAGGAAGCUGGCCAACUUGUACAUGGAUAAGGAGACGGCCGAGAUGUUUGAGGAUGUGCCCAUUGUCCAGCUCGUCAAGCUCAUCGCCCAUCAGCUGGCCGGCUGGCAGAUGUACUUGCUCUUCAACGUGUCGGCCGGCAAGGGCAGCAAGCAGUGGGAGACUGGCAAGGGCGGCAUGGGCUGGUUGAGGGUUAGCCACUUUGAGCCUUCCUCUGCUGUGUUCCGCAACUCCGAGGCCAUCUACAUUGCCCUGUCCGAUCUUGGUCUCAUGAUCAUGGGCUAUAUCCUCUACCAGGCCGCGCAGGUUGUUGGCUGGCAGAUGGUUGGUCUGCUGUACUUCCAGCAGUACUUCUGGGUUCACCACUGGUUGGUCGCCAUCACUUACCUCCACCACACCCAUGAGGAAGUUCACCACUUUGACGCCGACUCGUGGACCUUCGUCAAGGGCGCUCUCGCCACCGUCGACCGCGAUUUCGGCUUCAUUGGCAAGCACCUCUUCCACAACAUUAUCGACCACCACGUCGUCCACCACUUGUUCCCUCGCAUCCCCUUCUACUACGCCGAAGAAGCCACCAACUCGAUCCGCCCCAUGCUCGGCCCCCUCUACCACCGCGACGACCGCUCGUUCAUGGGCCAGCUGUGGUACAACUUCACCCACUGCAAGUGGGUCGUUCCGGACCCCCAGGUCCCCGGCGCGCUUAUUUGGGCGCACACCGUUCAGAGCACCCAGUAAGCAGUUCUUUUCUGCUUCUUGGGGCACUCUGAGGAGGCUACCUACCUAGGUAGCCGAGUGCUGCUGCUGCUGUGGUUUAGUGCUACCUACUUCGGUAGCUCUAACCGGUACCAGAAGAACGAUGUUGGAAAAGAAAGGGAGAAAGACAGGAA